UGUACUUCCAGUCAAGAUAUGUGGGCUCAAGGCUCAGCACCACUGUGUUUUGGGGCAAAGUGUUUCACCUCUUUGACCCAUUUUUCUUAUCUAUCUAUUCGGGAUGACAAUGUCUGCCAGGUUUAAAUCUGGGAGCUGCAGGAAGGAUUAAAGGAAAUAAUAGAUGUGGAAGAAAAGUACUAUAUAAAGUUGUAAAUGAGUUAAGGCUUUUCCAAGAGUCUUAAAUGCCACCAGUGUAGGCCAGCCCUGGGUUGAGGGAGCGGAAACCUGAGGACCUCAAGCGAUAAGCAAUUUGUGCUGACUGGGGUGUAUACUUCUCUUCACUGCCUAUUAAAGAUUCCAGGCCCAAGGAGACCUAUUUCACCAUGGCAAGCAGCCUCAUAAGAUGCCUCUGUUUCCUGGGGAUACUACUAUUGUCUUCUAAAGGUUCAGAUCAUAAGAUUCCCCCCACCCAGAAGCAAUGCUCUGACUUUCAGAAUGCCAAUCUCCUACGGGGCACCAAUCUCAAGGUUCAAUUCCUCUUCUUCACUCCUUUGGAUCCUACUUGUGGGAAGCUGGUAAAAGAAAGUAAUGACCUUCAGAAAUUUGGAUUCAAUAUCUCUCUGGAAACCAAGUUAAUUAUCCAUGGGUUCAGGGCAUUAGGAACCAAGCCAUCAUGGAUUGACAAAUUAAUUCACACUCUUCUGCGUGUGGCAGAUGCAAAUGUGAUCGCAGUGGACUGGGUUUAUGGAUCCACAGGUGUUUAUUUCUCAGCUGUUGACAAUGUGAUAAAACUUGGUCUGGAGAUCUCCCAGUUCAUCAGCCAUCUACUGGUGCUCGGAGUGUCAGAGUCCUCCAUCCACAUCAUUGGGGUCAGCCUGGGAGCACACGUUGGGGGAAUGGUAGGCUACUUCUAUAAAGGCCAACUGGGAAGGAUCACAGGACUGGAUCCUGCAGGACCAGAGUACACCAAGGCCAGCCUUGAAGAACGACUGGAUCCUGGAGAUGCCCUAUUUGUGGAAGCCAUUCACACAGAUACAGACAAUUUAGGUAUCCGGAUUCCAGUAGGGCACGUGGACUAUUUUGUCAAUGGUGGCCAAGACCAGCCAGGGUGUCCUUCAUUUAUUCAUGCAGGUUACAACUAUCUGAUCUGUGACCACAUGAGAGCUGUUCAUCUUUACCUCAGUGCCUUGGAGAAUUCCUGUCCACUGAUGGCCUUUCCUUGCACAAGCUUCAAGGAUUUCCGUUCAGGACAGUGUCUGGAUUGCUCUCAUCCCUUUCAGCAUUCCUGCCCCAGAAUUGGUUUGCUGGAACAAGGAGGUCUCAAUAUGGAAAAACCUCCCAAAGAAGUGAAAGUUUACCUCAUGACCACUUCCAAGGCUCCAUACUGUUACUACUACACCCUCGUGGAGUUUCAUUUACAGACGGUGAGAAACAAGAACACCAACAUUGAAGUUGCUUUGCAUAGCAGUAAUGCCACAACUCCCAUUAAGAUCACCAUACCUAAAUUCCAGCUCUUUGGCAAAGGACUGAUAGCCCACUCAACCCCACAUUGCCACAUAAAUCAAGUGCUUCUGAAAUUUCUUUCCUCCAAAGUUUGGAAAAAUGACAAGGACCCCAUCGUGAAAUUCUGCGCCAUCCCCUUGCCUGCUAACCACAGCACGAAGAUGUGGUGUGUUUCUGAAUCGAUGACCUUGAAAACAGAUAAAAUUACUUAUGCAAAUCUGGAAAUACCAUGUACAUAGUAUAAUACCUGGAGAUCUUUGGGGAGGAAUGAAUGGUUUUUGUAAGAGACUCCUAAGAGUCUUAUAAGAGACGGCUCUCAUCCGAAGGAUAAUAUUUUUCUGCUAUUAUCUACUAAGUAGCACAAAACUACCACUCAGUAUAUUUUUAUCCAUGGAUUUUGUUUAGAUCUAGGAGCCUACUAGUUCGCAACAAACAGUGCUCUCCCUUGUCAUGGACCUUUCUGUUACAAAACAAUAAUUAAGCAAAGCCAUCUAAGAUUGCUAUUGUGACUGACAGUGCAUGUACUUUCUCACUCUUCUAGUUUCUUUCUUAAUUGAAAGGAAAUGUUAUCUGGAACCAACAGUGACCAUUGGGUUUGACCCAAAUUCCUUUGCCUUUUAGUGUUGUCUUUAUUUGCAUUAUUAAAAUCAUCAUAAUAUAUAUUA